GUUACCUCAAACUCUUAGUUACUGUCCAUUGAACCUUGAAAUCUUUUGUUUUUGAGAUUUACAAAAGUUUCUUUUCCUUCUUUAAAUCAUAACUUUUAUUUAGUUUCUUUCCCCUAUUGUACUCUCAACCAACCACUCUGAUCUUGAAAACAAAUCAAACCGAAACAAGAAAAGAAUCUUGACAAAGUUUUGAAAGAGCUCAUGGAUCAAGAAGCUAUAGAAAUGAGUUCCAAAGAAAUGAUCAAGAAGAAAGACAAAGGAAAAGAAAUUGUCACUUCUUCUGAUCAUCAUCACAAGGAAAAGGUCUCAAUGAUCUUAACUGAGCAAGAAAUAGAGUUUCUUCUACAAAGUAGUAACAAAGAAAACUUAGAAAAAUCUAAGAAAGAUAAUGCUGAUGAAAAAGAAAAGAGCACUUCAUCAUCAUCUUCUUCAAAGAUCAUUCCAUGCAUUUUCUACACAUCAGAUGAAAAGGCUCGGUUGCGGUGGUCAAGCGACCUUCAUGAUUGCUUUGUUAAUGCUGUGGAAAAACUUGGUGGACCGAACAAGGCAACGCCGAAGAGUGUAAAAGAAAUGAUGGAAGUCGAAGGAAUUGCACUUCACCAUGUAAAGAGUCAUCUUCAGAAAUUUAGGCUUGGAAGGUGUAACAUUCAGAAUGGAACAAAUCAGUAUAUUAGACGUUUUAAAAGUGCUCGUGACGUUAAAACAUGUGCUUCAAUAAACCCACCUCGCCCACAAGUAAAUAUAAAACCUAGACUUAUGGGAGCUGUAAAACCGAAGCCAAAGAAAGAAAAAGAAGUCCAAGGAUCACUCUACAUGCUUAUUGAAAACGAUCUACGUUUACAAAGAUAUCGCAGAGCACAAAGAAUGCAAAAGGCCUUUGCUAUAGAAACUCAACAUUUUAAGGCAAGUAUGGUUCCAACCUCACCUAGUCAACAACACAACAACUAUGUUUCUUCGACAUCAACUUCUAUAUCACAAGAACCAUCUUCACAUACACAAGAGGAAUGGUUUAUACCAUUUUCAUACCAUUUCCCCUAUGGAGCGACAAAUCCAUUCCCAAUGAACUACUCACAACAACAACCAUCUAUCAUCAUACCGCAAAACAUCACUUCGGUCGAAGAUUUUUGCAAUAAUGGUAUGGCUUGUCUUUCAUUGAAUGAGUUUAAUCAAAACAUGACUAGCAAUGCAUUUUUGAUGUACGAGCCAUCGAUGUAUCCAACUCAAGGGAAUCUACAGUUCAACGAGUACAAUAUGGCUCAAGGUUUUUUCAAUCCAUAUAUGUGUACUAUUGAGUCACAAUCUAUGCCACCUUGCUUCUCUACUGUCACAACUCCACAACAGCUUCAGCUCAACGAUGGUUAUGUCAUUCAUGACUCAUAUGACAAUGCAACUUCAGUAUCUGCCACAGUACCACCAAUAGCUGAUCCUCCUCAUCAGGAAACUUUGAACAAUGCAUUUAUAUUCUCAAAGUCACCAGAGUCAAUACAAGGAUAUGUUCCACAGUAUACGUACAGUUCAUAUCCACCAUACAAUACUCUUGAAGUGGUUAAAGCCCAACUCAAUGCAUUACAUAGCUCAAACAGUACUAGCCAAACUCAUGAAACACUUGCUCGUCAUGAAACCAACCUAUCGAGUUCUGUCACAAGGGAUGAGGUAGAUGACCCAGUGGAUAAGUAUAUUGAUUGGGCUAAAGUUGAAGAAAGGGAUAUUGAACUUGAUCCUGUUGAAGUGCUCGAGGCUUUAGGUUUUGGAGUAAGUCCUUAACCUUACUUAAUAUAUAAUGUAAAUAUUAUUUGGUACGUACUCGUGUUAUAUUGUAUAUAACUUUGUAUGUUUGUAUUGUAUUCGUACGUAGUCUUAGCUAAGUAUUGUGUUAUUCUGUAUAGAACAUCGUAUGUCUGUAUUCGUACGUAGUAAUCACCUUGGUUGAAUGAUAUUAAUAUAAUACAGCUUCUAGA